AUUAAUUUCCGUUGCUCGUUCGUGCGCUCUCAACGUGAAGAAGGGGCAGUUUCCGGGCGGCACUUGAAGGCGGCAGCAGCGUUUGCUGAACGCGUGCUGAGCGGACCUGACUACAACAAGCGAGUGUGCGCAGGCACGUCCGGCUGGUUUGAAUUGAAGUUUACUUCAGUGUAAAAACUGGCCGUAACAUCCAGUCAUUGGGUUUGUCCAAAGCACUGGAUUAAAUGGAGCUGGAGGACCAAUGGUGGAUAGGACAACUGGCCACAGACAUAUACCAGGCGCUGCGGUACAAAGAGCUCAAGUUGCCGUCCUACAAGGGCCAGUCCCCUCAGCUGAAUUUGAGGCGAUACUAUGCGGACCUCAUAGCCGUCAUCAGCAACCACUUCAGGCUGUGUCCCACGGCCAGACACCUGGGCGUCUACUUGCUGGACCUCUUCAUGGACCGCUAUGAUGUCACGGAGCCGCAGCUUGCCGUUGUCUCGCUCUCGUGUCUCCUGUUGGCCAGUAAGUUUGAGGAAAGGGAAGACCGGGUGCCAAAGCUGGAGUUGUUGAACAGCCUGGGCUGCAUCAGCUCCAUGAACCUGGUCCUGACCAAGCAGGGUUUACUGCACAUGGAGCUGCUCCUGCUCGAAACCUUCCAGUGGAACCUGUACCUGCCCACAGCCGCUCAUUUCAUAGAAUACUGCCUGUCUAUUGCCAUCCACGAGGGAGACCUCCAUGAUGGCUGGCCUUUGACCUGCCUGGAGAAGUCUCGAUUAUACAUAGCCAAGUAUGCUGAUUAUUUCCUGGAAGUUUCCUUGCAAGAUCAUGUGUUUUUGUGUUUUGCCCCCUCUCUAUUGGCCGCCGCGUGUGUGGCCGCCUCCCGCCUCGUCCUGCACCUGUCCCCGACAUGGCCACCACAACUGCAGCGCCUCACAGGCUACACAUGGGAGAACCUGGUCCCAUGUGCCGAGAAACUACUCAUUGCACAUGACAGUGACGUCAGAGAGGCCAACAAGCAGAAGUGCCAGCAGCAGCAGAUGGUGUACCACAGUUCAGGCCAGACAGCCACUGUGGCCCAGUACCUGCACCGGCCAAGCAUGCAGUAUCAGCAGGCGAACCACAGGCCUGCCUCCUACCUCAGCCACUCCACCACCGGCCUGCAGGCUCCGAACGGCCCCCAGCACGGCAACACCCAGGCCAUCACUGCCUCGCUGGAUCCAAAGUCCAACAUUGGCAACAGGGCUUACCAAGUCAGCAUGCACUACACCUGCGCUGCUCCGUGCUUUGACAGAUGAUGGAUCUCAAGGAUUUAGGCUUUUUUUUUGAGGAGGAAGAGAAAUGAGGUGGUGAUCUGUUUCUCUUCAACAGAAAGGAAUACACUCGACGGGGGGAUAAACGCGUGUUUUUAAUUUGAAGAGACUUGAUGUGAUUGAUGCAGCACUUUAAACCAUAAGGUGUACGCAAUGUGCAAUAUGCAUUCUCUGCUGUAAUUUUCUGUGGAGAGCUUGCGUGAGGAUUUUUUUUUUCUUUUAUUUUUCAAGACAUUUGAGACAUCUGGAAUGAAUGCCGUUGCGAGGUUACUGGAGGCAGAGUUUGCACCACUGUACUGACUAGUGUUACUGUAUAAUUUAGCUACAGACCAAAAGUCUUGUAUUUAAUUAAGCCAAAGUACCUCAGAAGUAUUGAAUGUAUUUUCCCUGUGCCUGUAGUAUUUAGGGUCAUUACUAUAUAGUUAAAAGGACAGAAACCAAAGGGAUUUACGUCGGUGCCUUGAAAUUUGUUUUUGUUUUCACGAGUGUCAUUUGUGUAAGUAGGAAAGAAUAUACUCCUCUAGAUGUCACAAUUUAUUUGCAGAGAAAAUUGUUGCUCUUCUGUACACAGAGGAUUUCAGUCAGUGCUGUGCACUACUAUGAUGAUAGUUUUAAAUAAAAUACAAAACUGUGUUUGUUGAACUGAGAUUAUUGUCCCUGUUGGU